AUGCCCUCGCCGCAGAACUUUCGCCGGCUGGUCUUAACAGCUGCCGUGACCUCAAUCACAAUUGCAGGCUCUUUGUAUGGGGCUGGGUUGAAGACAAAUGAAGAAAUCGCCGAGAACACUCGGAAGCGCCAAGAGGCAACGUUCGACGAGCAAAUGGCUGCUUUACAAGGAAUGCGGUCGAACCUAACGGCCCGGAGAGGAAUGAUUGAGACGCAGAUUCGGGACCUGGAGGCAAAGAUGGAGGAGAAGAAACAACGAAGUACGGAAGGAGGGCGAUGA